GGACUGCAGUGAAACACCUUUCCUGAGUCAGCAGCCCCCUGUGGUGGGACUCCUCAGAGAUGCAGCUGUCUUUGACUCAGCCUCUCUCCCGGAUGUUCCUGCUGUUCUUGCUGCCAAACCUUCUCCUGUGGGAGAACGUGUCCUCCGCACCCAAGCAUGACCGCAGAGCUGGCCUUGAAACACUUUCCCUCAGGGAAUUAUUGGAUCAUGCUGUGAUGCUCUCUCAAAGCCUCAGUGACCUCAAUAUGGAGCUGUACAUGUUAUUUCUCAGGAGUGACUUUUCUUCAAAAAUGUUCAGUACAUUUGUGUUACAGAAUAUCAAGGAUAAGGUCUUCAUGGCUAAGGUUCUCAAUAGCUGCCAAAAUUUUUCUCAGAACACUCCGGCGACCAUGGAGGAAGCAGCAAAUCUCGCAGUUGAAGACCUUCUGAAACUCAUCGUGAGACCAGUGUGCUUCUGGAAGGACCGUCUGCACCAUGCGGUAACAGCGCUCAGUGGUAUGCCGGGAGUCCCUGAUGAGCUCCUCUCAAAAGCCAAAGACACAGAGACCAAAAACGAAGAGCUUCUGGAGGUCAUCAGAUGGGUCAUCAACAAGGUUUUUCCUGGAAUUGAAGAAAAGGAGGAGCAUGUGGUCCACGGGGAUCUUGAAAGCUUACAGUCAGCGGAUGAACAGUCUCGCUUUUUGGCUCUUUAUAAAGUGUCCAUCUGCUUGGGGAUUGACACCCAGGCCGUUGAGCUGUACCUCAAGCUCCUGAAGUGUGUGUUCUUUGGUGGCAGGAUCUGCUACUCCUUAGGGUUUUGAGAUGGUAUUUACGAUCCUUCCUUUUGAAGCCACAGUUUAACUUUAUACUCUUUAAGGUAUGCUUCAGCCUAACGUGACGCGUUAAGAAAUAAAAGCAGACACAACUAUGUCAAGGUAUAAAAAUUAAGUUUUCCAGUGCCUUGUGUUCAUUCAGUACAAAAUUGAUAAACAGCAUUGAAAUUUUUCUACCAGAGAUGAUUUUUAUUGGAAAAUAAUACACGUAAAAACUUACUUUAGAACCACAGUAAGUUAC